UCUUUUCUUUUUCCACUUUCUUUCUUUCUUUUCUUUUUCUCUGCUUUAUCUUCUCCUCUUCUCCUCCCACUUCGUCUGCAUCAAUCCUCUAUCCUACUUCCUAUCAGCCUACGUGGGGAAACUUCACCCACCCGACCGUUCUUAUCUCUACUAUCUCCACGCAUCAUCCUCUUCUCCAUCUAACAACCCAUGGCGUUUCGACUACCAGCCCAAGCCCCUCCUCGUCGACAUACUUCCUAUUCCAACUCUCAAUAUCCCCCUACCCUUGAUAUCCCUUCGACAGACGACCCCGACCCGACAGCGCAAUGGGUUCUCUUCUCCCCCUCCCAGCCCUCCAUCACCGCCCGCACUCACACGACCUCGACUGAACGUACCCCACGCACAGCUGGUGCCUCCCGCCUGAGUGACUUUGGGUCCUUUGGCACUCCCACUCGCUCUACAUUAGCUUUAGAGGGUGAUGAGGAUAAUGAUGAGGUUCUCGACGAGCCCUUGGACGAGGACGGUACUGAACUAGACAGCUUGGAUGACGGGCUUCAUGCCUUUCGGGCCCCGUCCGUGACCAACGACGAGUCCACACAAUGGGGCCAGGGUGCCCAGGCUGUACUUCCAGCCCACGAUGGGCUAGGUAGUUUCCAGGCGUCUAGUCAGACUGUUCAGGAUCAGCUGUGGCAGCACGAACAGUACAACCCGCGGCGCAGGCCCGAGUUACGGCUACGACGACACUCCAGCGUUCAACGUGAGUUGGAUACGAUCGCGGAUAACCAGCAUGUCAAUACAGAGCGAGACCGAUGGCAACGCAUCGAGAAAUGGAGGAUGGACCAAAGUCGAGUACUCUUACAGGAGAUUGAGAAAGAAACACGACGGCGGCGGAACAGUCAAGCCAGUCGGUCGACAGACCAGGUUCCUUCUCAGUCGAUUGUCCCAGACUCGCUAGAUGACAUUCCGGAGACGCUCAAAGAGCACACGCCUGUUCCGCCGGCAGCAGAACCAGAAGCUGACGACGAAUCUUUAUGGCGACGCAUCACUCGGAAGGUGAUCCAGGACCUAAUUGGUAUUGACGACUCCUUGCUCUCGGUUAUCUUUGGUGAGUCGUUGCCUGAGGAGGAAGAGGAGCUCCGAGAGCAGAGCACAACUGCAGGAACAGAUAGCGCUCUCAGCAUAGAUGACUCGAUUAAUCGCGAGCUGGAGUCCGUGCCCGACGAUAAAGAUCUCUGGCAGAGUAAACUACUUCGGCGUAUUGCGCACGAACUUGGUGUUCUAGUCCACCAGCUCUGUGAGCACCCCGGGGCUUUUACAACAUAUCUUAACUUAUCCAGCGAUAUCAACAACGAAUAUGCUGGCAUGCCUGUCCGGCCCCGGCCAGAAGGGAAUGACUCGCAGACGCGCUCUGGGUUGACUGCCCUCUCCACAUCAGCAGAUAUGACCAAUGACGCCACCAGUUCGAUUUUGUCCCCGCAAUUUACCCCCACGCUGCGCGAUCCCAACAAGGAGCAUGCAGCCCAAUGGGGCAUCGAGGAGGAAGACAACCUGACCCGCAUGGCACGUAGCAAUACACCUGACCCGUUGUCCGAAUCGGCUCAUCUACAUAAUGAAAAGGAAUAUUGGGAGCGUGAACUGGACGUCACUAUGGUCUUCCGUUAUCUCCGCAACCGUUUUACUCGCCGCAAUAGUAAUACUGACACCAACUAUACCGCCUCUCGUCGACACUCUCAAGAUGCGUCUCGCCGCGCAGCAAUCAUUCGACAACAUCAUCCUUUAGUUGCCCGGGCACAAUCUCGUUCUCAGGCACAGGUUCGACGUCAGUCCCAGUACUCCGGAGGGGUUGCAGGCCCAGUCAGAGUCUCGUCCCCUCUGCUCCGCCAGAACUUCCGUCGGCCCAGUUCCAGCUGUGCAAGCCAGAGUGCCAAGCUAUCAACCAUUUCCAGUCAUCGAACUCUCACUGGCUCCAGUCGGAACUACUGGGACAUUGGCGGGAGCGUGGAAAGUGGAAGCCCCAUUGCACCCGUCGGAGCUGGUCUCGGAGCCUGGGGAGAUGUCUAGUCGACCUCUGCUUCAACAUAUCUUACGAUCUGCGAUGUCUCAUCUGGACGUGUUUCAUUUCACUUGGCUGGCCCUUUUUUUUGCUCCUCAGCUUUGACAUCUCUCAUAUCUACACCAUCAUACUACAUCAUACAUACAUAUUUCUAUCUUGGGAUCUUGGGGUUUGGGAGUUGUGUACAGGGCCAUCUAUUCGUUUCAAUGCAUAUUGAUAUUGAUUGGUAUAUUGAUUUAUCGGGGCUUUUUGCAUUCGUUUAUUCUGGGCUGUGUGCU